AUGGAUUUCUCUCCGAUCAACUGCCUCAUUUUCGAUUUGGAUGACACAUUAUACCCUCUGAAAACCGGAAUAGCGCCAGCUGUCAAGAAAAAUAUUGAUGAUUUUCUAGUGGAGAAAUUUGGAUUUUCUGAAAGUAAAGCAUCCAGUCUAAGAGUUGAACUCUUCAAGACUUAUGGAAGUACUCUCGCUGGUCUCAGGGCGUUGGGUUAUGAUGUUCAUCCUGAUGAAUAUCACAGUGUCGUGCACGGAAGGUUGCCCUACGGUUCGAUCCAACCAAACAGAAAACUACGAAACCUUCUGAACAAAAUCAAACAGAGAAAAAUUAUAUUUACGAACUCGGACAGGGUCCAUGCGAUGAAGGUUCUGGAGAAAUUGGGUUUAGAAGAUUGCUUUGAAGAUAUUAUUUGUUUCGAGACAAUGAACCCGAAUUUAUUCGGAGCAACACCCCGACCCGAUGAGCAUCCCGUCGUUCUCAAGCCUUCGUUGACCGCUAUGGAUAUUUGCAUUCGUGUAGCCAACGUUGAACCUCACCGAACCGUAUUUUUGGAUGAUAAUAUCCACAAUAUUACCGCGGGAAAAAAUGUCGGGCUUCGGACAAUCUUGGUGGGGAGAUCGGAAAAGACAAAAGACGCGGAUUACGCGGUGGAGAAUGUAGCUGAGAUAGCUACGACGGUGCCGGAGAUUUGGGCCACGGCGAUGACCGGGUUUGAUGUCGGGGGUGCGAGGAUCAGACGGAGCAAGAGUGAGCUGGAGGGAAUGGCUUCAAUCACAGCCGUCGGUGCCUGA